UAGUGUCCUUUCCUUUGUUUUGCAUGUCCAAAAGAUUCCUUGCGAUUGUGUGGAUGGCUGCGAGAGAGGAUCCGAUAUUCGAUACACCAAUAAAGAUGAUGCUGGAGUGCUGUGCUGAAACUGCUGAGCAACUUCAAGCCUCUGCCGCAUUGGUCCCAACAUGCUGUCCGAAUUUAUCUGACUCAGCCCAUUAUCAUGCGAACCUUCUUUAGAGCACGGUUCGCUCGAGUGAUGCGCAGCAUUUAACAAUGACCAUCCAUUAUGAUCAUGCCCGUCCCUUUCACGCCUAUUUUAACAUGAAGUAAUGAACCACAGAUUUUGCAUAAUGCAAGACCACGCAAGUGAGUUUCGGCCUCGCACCUAAUGGCGAACGCCGGAGAUAGGAGGCAGCACCAUUUGGUGCUAGUGCCGUGUCCUUACCAAGGUCACCUGAAUCCGAUGCUUCAGCUCGGAGCAGCUCUUCAAUCGACCGGCUCUUUCUCCGUCACAGUAGCUCACACCGAGUUCCACUUCCCUAACCAAUCUAGCCCCCCUCACUUCGAUUUCCUUCCCUUACCAGACGGCUUGUCCGAUGCCGACACGUCCUCAAGAGAUUUCGUGUCUCAGAUCUUGAAACUCAAUGUCAACUGCAAGGCCUCGUUCCACGAAUCCUUAGCGAGAUUAAGGGAACGAACAGAUCGCCAAGAUGAGAUUGCCUGCAUAAUCUAUGACGGGCUCAUGUAUUUUGCAGAAGAAGUAGCUCGAGAGCUGAAAAUCCCAUGUAUCGUCUUCCGCACCUGUAGCGCUGCUAAUACUUCGACCUACAACCAGUACAAUCGACUCCAAGAAGAAGGCUUCAUUCCCUUGCAAGAUUCAAAAGCACUGGAGCUCGUACCUGGGCUUCAUCCCCUCAGAUUUAAGGAUUUUCCCCUUUACAAGUUUGAAGGCUCUGAAAAAUUGUUGCCACUGCUCGCGAGAUCUAAUCAAGUAGGAUCUUCGGUCGCAUAUCUCCUGAACACCAUUGAAUGCCUCGAAGAGUCACCAUUGAUGAAGCUUAGACAGGAAUACCCGGUUCCCUUUUUCGCCAUAGGACCUCUACACAAGAUUGCUCCACCUCUCUCCAGCAGCCUAAUCGAAGAGGACGAGAGUUGCAUCGCAUGGCUGAACAAGCAAGUGAAGAAAUCGACCCUCUAUGUGAGCCUGGGAAGCGUAGCAUCCAUUGACGAAAAAGAGCUUGUCGAAAUGGCUUGGGGACUCGCAAACUGCAAGCAACCCUUCCUGUGGGUUGUACGUCCUGGGUUGGUUCGCGGGUCGGACGCAAUCGACCGGCUCCCUAACGGCUUGGCAGAAAUCGUGGGCGAAAGGGGUCAUGUCAUAAAAUGGGCACCACAGCAGAAAGUCUUGGCGCAUGAAUCGGUCGGGGCGUUUUGGAGCCAUUGUGGCUGGAAUUCGUCCCUCGAGAGCAUCUCCGAAGGAAUCCCGAUGAUAUGCACACCGUGCUUCGGGGACCAGCGAGUGAAUGCCAGGUACUUGAGCCACGUUUGGAAGGUAGGCCUGUUGCUGGAAGACAUGGAAAGAGGAGAGAUUGAAAGAGCUAUAAAGAAGCUUAUGGCCGGCGAAGAAGGAGAGAUCACGAGGCAGAGGAUGACGGAUUUGAAGCGUGAAGUGAUGCAUAGCAUCAAAGAAGGUGGCUCUUCUUACAAUUCCCUGCAUGAACUGGUCAAGUACAUCAACUCAUUAUAGAUAAGACUUGUGAAGGUACAAUUGAUAGUUUCCUAUUUUGUCCGCCAGCACAUUGAGUUCUCCUCGAUCCACCACAAAGGACGCACAAGCUCCUUGUGCAGGAAAGAAUUGUUGGUGUGUCUGAGAAAUGGUAGCUUAGCUCUCGUUUGCUGUCUAGAAGUCAACAAGCUAGUGUCAUAAGCUUUGGUAACAGAUCAAGAACUGAAGUAGUGUAGCGUGAUGAUCUUAUUAUUAUCAGAACCAGUUGCUACA